AUGGCUGAUCAGCUCAACAUGGGAGGCCUGAACCUCGAUGGCCCCAACGCUCCUCGUUCCUACAUUCCUCCUCACAUGCGAGGCAAGGUCGGCGGUGGUGGAGGCAACGGCCCUCCCCUCAAAACGGCCCUGCUCCCGGCGGUCCUGUUCCCGGCGGCCCUGCUCUCGGCGGCCCUCAACAACGCCAAUAACAAUAACUUUAACGCCCGCCCCUCUGGUAACUGGAAUGGUAUGCAGGGCAACGGCAACCGUGGUGGACGAUCGUGGAACAACGACGGCGGCAAUCGUGGUGGAUACGGCGGCUCCCGCGGAUACGGUGGUAACCAGGAGGCGGUGGUGGCUACGCUCGAGGCGGCUCUGGCGCCGGCCAGUGGGUCAACGGCAAGCACACCCCGGAGCCAAGAACGCUCAGCUCGAGCGCGAACUUUCGGUGUUCCCGAUGAUCCCUCGAAGCAGCACACUGGUAUCAACUUUGAGAAGUACAACGACAUUCCCGUCGAGGCUUCGGGUGACAAUGUCCCUGACCCCGUCGAGACCUUCACCUGCCCUCCCCUCGAAGAGCAUCUCAUUGAGAACAUUACUCUUGCCAACUACAAGGUCCCCACCCCCGUUCAGAAGUACUCGAUUCCCAUUGUUAUGGGUGGUCGUGAUCUGAUGGCUUGCGCCCAGACUGGUUCCGGAAAGACGGGUGGUUUCUUGUUCCCCAUCCUCUCGCAGUCCUUUAUCAGCGGACCUUCGAACCUUCCCGCUCAGGCUGGCCACCAACGCAAGGCCUUCCCCACUUCUCUCAUCCUCGCGCCCACUCGUGAAUUGGUCUCGCAGAUUUAUGAUGAGUCUCGCAAGUUUGCCUACCGAUCUUGGGUCCGCCCCUGUGUCGUCUACGGCGGUGCCGAUAUUGGUGGACAGCUCCGCCAGAUCGAGCGUGGAUGCGAUCUCUUGGUCGCCACUCCCGGUCGUCUUGUUGAUUUGAUUGAGCGCGGCAGGAUUUCUCUCCAGAACAUCAAGUAUCUUGUCUUGGACGAGGCUGACCGCAUGCUUGACAUGGGUUUCGAGCCCCAGAUUCGUCGCAUUGUCGAGGGUGAGGACAUGCCUGGCGUCCACGAACGCCAAACCCUCAUGUUUUCGGCCACCUUCCCCCGCGAUAUCCAGGUUCUUGCCCGCGAUUUCCUUAAGGACUACGUCUUCCUUUCGGUCGGUCGUGUUGGCUCUACCUCGGAGAACAUUACUCAGAAGAUUGACAGAACUUCCCUGCUACUUCCAUUCACGGAGACCGAACUCAACGUGAGCGUGAGCGUGCUCGAGUUCUUCCGCAACGGUCGUUGCCCCAUCCUUGUUGCCACUGCCGUCGCUGCUCGUGGUCUUGAUAUCCCCAAUGUCACCCACGUUGUCAACUACGAUCUCCCCACCGAUAUCGAUGACUAUGUUCACCGAAUCGGUCGUACCGGCCGUGCUGGUAACACUGGUAUCUCGACCGCCUUCUUCAACCGAGGCAACCGCGGUGUCGUCCGUGGCCUUAUCGAGCUCCUUAGGGAGGCCAACCAGGAGAUUCCCAGCUUCCUCGAGACCAUUGCCCGCGAGUCCAGCUUUGGCGGCAGCAGCCGCGGUCGUGGUGGUGGUGGACGAGGACGUGGCCAUGGCAAUGCCAACCGCGACUACCGCAAGUUUGGCGGUGCUGGUGGUGGCGGCGGCGGCUUCGGCGGUGGCUUCAAUGGUCCUCAGGGAGGAUCCAGCUACGGCGUCUUCAUUCGCAUUUGA